AUGUGCGAUGGAGAUGGACUGUUUUGUAUCAAAAAUCUAUUGGUCUCAAAAGAUGUCAUUAAGAUUGCUGAUCUUGGCCUGGCCCGGGAGAUCGAUUCCAGUCCUCCUUAUACAGAAUAUGUCUCUACACGCUGGUACAGGGCACCUGAAGUACUGCUACAAUCAUAUGUAUACACGUCAAAAGUUGAUAUGUGGGCGAUGGGUGCUAUUAUAGCGGAGCUGUUGUCUCUUCGCCCUCUCUUUCCUGGAGCUAGUGAAGCAGAUGAGAUAUACAAAAUCUGCAGUGUCAUAGGCAGCCCAACUGAAGAGACAUGGUUGGAGGGGUUGAACCUUGCCAGCGUUAUCAAUUACCAAUUCCCUCAGCUUCCCGGUGUACACCUGUCAAGUGUGAUGCCAUAUGCUAGUCCAGAUGCGGUUAACCUUAUUGAGCGCCUUUGCUCGUGGGAUCCCUGCAAUAGACCGACUACUGCAGAGGCUCUGCAGCAUCCGUUCUUCCAGAGUUGCUACUAUGUUCCCCCAUCUCUCCGACCCAAGCUGUCUGUUGGACCAAGAGGGUCUCUCGAGCAGCAGCUAUCCGUGAAGCGGUUACCAGCUGCUCCGCCUUAUAAUGCUAAUAAGCCGUUGAACACUUACGUUACUCCAAAGACGAAUGCUCCUUUUAGCAAUGGUGUCAACUGUUAUGUUGCUCCAAAGACGAAGGCUCCUUUUAGCAAUGGUGUCAACAAUUAUGUUGCUCCAAAGACGAAUGCUCCUUUUGGCAAUGGUGUCAACAGUUAUGUUACUCCAAAGACGAAUGCUCCUUUUGACAAUGGUGCGACCCAGCGGAAGGUAGAUAUGGCUAAUAUUAAUAACCAGAACACGGCGUGGAACAACAAACCUGUGAGAAGUUAUAACGUUAAAGAUUCAAAGUAUAGACCACCUGGAAGGAAGAGUCCUCCAUCUAUGGACAAGAACUGGGUCUUUACUCGUGGAGCAUCAGAGACUGCAAAUGGACUGGCAAAUGCAACAAUCGGAGGAAGAUGGAAUCAAAGUCAAAGGCAACAACAACCUGCGAUGAAGGCAGGGUGGGUGGGAGAAAGUGGUGACAUGUUCCUCAGACCUACACAGCCUUCAAAUCCUUACUCUAGGAAAAUUGCCGGUUAAGUCCAAAGACUCAUAAGACUCAUAAGUAUUGCCGGUUAAGUCCAAAGACUCAUAAGACUCAUAAGUUAAGAGCCAUCAUCAUCGUCGUUUUGCUUUAAGUUAUCAUCUAUCUACCCAAGAGUCCAAGUUAUCUGAAGACUACUUAUGUUGAUUUCCCUCUUUUGUGUUUUACCCUCUUUGUUUGAUAGACCAAUUCCGUCUUCAUGACUUAUGACUUGACUAUUAUGUAUGGAGUAACUUUUCAAUUCGGAAUCAGAAGAUUAUAUUAUUUGCUUUGGGGUUUUGUUUCCAA